GAAAGUACAAGCCUUGGAGACAUCGUGUCCGUCAAUUACUUCUCUUCCUCCAAACCACCAAUGUCGCCACCGGUUUGCCCUUGCUCUGUCCCUGUGCCGCCAUUGCUCGUCCCCGCAUCCUCCUUGGGGAUUUUCACUCCCAGAAACUGAGCAUGUGAAGGCUGAUGUGAGCUGUACAGGAAGCUUAGAGUCUUCUGAUGGGCUCAUACAUGGGGCAGCAAGAACAUGUUAUAUCUGAUGGCAUGUACAAUUACAAGCAUCACCACGCGGGAGGAGCUGAUAUCCAUGUCAUCUUUGUCAAGAAGAGCAAAUUCAGGGUUGUGCUGUCAUACAUUGGCACAAUGUUACUUCUUGCGACUGUUUGCUGCACCCUGUUGUCGAAGGAUAGUUUAUGUCUUGGUUCCCUUUGGAGUAUUUCAUUUGCCAGUAUAAUUGCAAAAUGCUUGCAAUGCGACCCUGUGAAGAAAGAGUCAUUGGUGAUCAUGCCGACUUUUGGGGUUCAGUUAGAGCAACACUUUUGGAGUGGAAGAGUUCAUCGCAAAUUUGUGCCCAUCAGCAAGAUUUUAAAACCAGUGCUGAAUGAGCAUGUGACCCCUGUCGCAUGCUACUGGAGCUUGGCCUUGCUUCUACGUGAAGAAUAUGAGCUCAUGCUUGUUUUCAAGAACUUGAAUCCACCUGUCAAGAUGUUGGUUCCUAUCUGGAAAGCGUUAUGUGCAUUCGUAGGCUCCAAUACUCCGGGCAAUUCUGCAUUGCCUCAAUCCACAUGAACAUGCUAAACAAGUUAGUGGUGGUGUGCUGCCCUGAUGAUACAUCGAACAUAUGGUUCGCUGAAGACUUUGCUGACUGACAACAGAAUGUUUAGUUUCCAUACAAAUGAUGGAAGGUACAGAAUGUUACUGACACGGGAGCUCUUACUUUCGCCUCAGGAAUCCAGUGAUGCAGUUGUAACUUGGCCAUUGUGUAACUAUGUUCUGUCCUCUGACAUUCAGAUUACAGUGUACUGAUACAGGUAGAUUGUAAGAUCAUUGGCUGGCACUCCUGGGGACAUCAAUAAACUUGGUCUGUUGGUCGCUUGCAUUGCA